AUGGAUACACUUGUAGAUGCCAAUUCACUCGAACAGACUAAAAAACAUCGAGUAUUUAUUCAUUUAGAUUUGGAUGCAUUUUACGCUCAAGUAGAGCAAGUUCGACUUGGACUGCCUCCGACAGUCCCACUUGCAGUACAGCAGUGGAAUGGGAUGAUUGCCAUAAAUUAUGCAGCAAGAGAAAUGGGAAUUCAUCGGUUUGGAUCCAUCAAAGAUGCCAAACGAACAUGCCCAGAACUGUUACUGGUGCAUGUUUGGUGGCAACUAAUGUGUUUUAAUGUGAAUACAGUCGCCACGUAUGCCGAUGGAGAUACUGAACCAAAAUAUCAUCCCAAUCCUUCUCAAAAGACUCACAAAGUUUCAUUAGAUGUAUAUAGACAAGCAAGCAACAAGAUUAUGGAUAUUCUUUCUAAAUGUGGAAGUCCAGUCAAGCAGGCUUCUAUUGAUGAAGCAUACGUGGAUAUUACAGACUAUGUCAACAAGCUCAUCGAGUCGGGAUAUUGGAAAAAUAUAAUGUCCGAAUCUCACUCGGAAUGCAAAGACCCGCAAGAUGAACAGCAGGUUCACUCUGACAUGGGUCCCAUGGUACGAUGGAACAAGGACACGUGCAGUGCGAUGGGGGAUUUAGUAACCUCGUAUGGGAUUUUCGAUCUUCAACUCUAUCUUGGUUCUCGACUCAGCGCGAGCUUACGCAAACAGAUCUUUGACGAAUUGGGGUAUACAUGCUCAACAGGAAUUGCACAUGGGAAAAUAUUGGCCAAAUUGGUUUCUUCUAUCAACAAGCCCAACAAGCAGACAGUGCUACAAAUCGAAAAGGUUCCCGACUUUAUGAAGACAAUCAAAUUGUCAAAAAUAAAUGGAAUGGGAGGAAAGUUUGGCGCAGAAAUCAUGAAGACGUUUCAAGUGACAAUGGCCCAUGAGCUGUGGGUGUACUCGGCGGAUGAGCUUGUAAAGCAACUUGGAUAUGAGCAUGGAACGUGGCUGUAUAAUGCAUGUCGAGGAAUAGAUUUUCAAAAGAUUCAGGGACAGACCAAAUCUCAAUCCAUGACUGCGUGCAAGAACUUGACUCCGAAUAUUCAUUCGACUGAUGAUGCACGCUACUGGCUCGGCAUUUUGGCUUCUGAGUUGUAUACAAGAGUUAAUACUGAGUUUGAGACGAAUCAAAGAUGGCCCAAGCUAUUAGUGUUGCACUUUAGAAAUCCAAACUGUCCAGCGGACAAGUCAAAAUCAUGCCCAUUCCCAAAUCAGGCACAGUUAACAGGCUCUGAUGUCAUUUUUCAAAAAGCAUGGGUUAUGCUGGAGUCGGAACAAACUAAAUUGCCUUGUAGUCGAUUAUCAUUAUCAGCAACCAAAUUUUUAGACAUAGAUAACUCUACGAGAGAUCUUUCCAAAUGGUUGCAGAAAAUGCCUGCCGUGCCAUCUGACGCAUUCUCAGAUCCUCUUGACGAGCCUAUUCUAUCCAUUUUACCAGAUGAAACGAGUUCAGUAGCCACUCCUGUUGCGACUGGAUCUUUGGAUAGCCCUGACGAUUACCACAAGGAGUUUCAAAUCAAAUGUGAUCAGUGUGGCGAGCUUAUUGAUGCAGAUGAUAACAGUCAGCGAGAGCAUGCUGAUUUCCAUAUAGCACAAUCGCUUUACAAGUCGUCACACACACGUCGUGAGCCAUCUACAGCAUCAAUGUCGGGAUCUGUGUCGAAAAAGAUCCAGCCAGACAAAAAGAGUGCAUCUCGCACACAACGACGGAAACCUGGAGCAGCUAAUACUGAAAAGUUUACAAAACUGACCAAUUUUUUUAAACCUCAUUGCACCGAGUAA